AUAAAAACACAUCUAGUGACUCAAUCUUGUUCUAUAUCACUACUCCAACCAUUAGGUGUCGAUUCUCUUAACUACCCAUUCGUUUCCUUUUCCUCUUUGUGAGCAUACUUCUUUCCCUCUCCUCUCUCUGCUUCUCUCUGUGCAGUUGUUGCGUCACUUUCUGGUACUUUGCGGUGCUGUUCUUCCUCCUCUCUGACCCAAAGAACUUCUUGGUUUAACUGUUUUUCUUACCAUCUAAACACACAUUUCCCCCAUAUUCGUUUUCUGUACUGGGUUUCCUAGCUAGCUACACUCUUCUUGGAAUGGAUACUUCUAGUUCUGGGGAGGAUUGCUGUGUGAAAGUGGCGGUUCACAUUAGACCGCUCAUUGGAGAUGAGAAGCUUCAGGGCUGUAAAGAUUGUGUUACUGUAGUAACUGGGAAACCUCAGGUUGCAAUUGGAUCUCAUUCCUUUACAUUUGAUCAUGUUUAUGGGAGCAUGGGGUCCACCCCGUCUUCCAUGUAUGAGGAAUGUGUUGCUCCUCUUGUGGAUGGUUUGUUCCAAGGAUAUAAUGCUACUGUUCUUGCCUAUGGUCAGACGGGUUCAGGAAAGACGUACACCAUGGGUACUGGUUUCAAAGAUGGAUUCCAGACAGGACUUAUUCCCCAAGCAAUGAAUUCAUUAUUCAGCAAAAUCGAAACCUUGAAGCACCAAACAGAGUUCCAACUCCAUGUGUCCUACAUUGAGAUACAUAAAGAAGAAGUGCGGGAUUUGCUUGAUCCCAGCUGUAUUAAUAAAUCAGAGGUUGCGAAUGGGCAUGUUUGUAAGGUAACGAUCCCUGGGAAGCCACCCAUACAAAUCCGGGAAACGUCAAAUGGCGUUAUUACUUUAGCAGGUUCUACUGAGUGUAGUGUCAGAACUUUGAAAGAAAUGGCUGAUUGCCUGGAGCAAGGAUCACUGUGCAGGGCAACUGGUAGUACAAACAUGAACCAUCAGUCCAGUCGAUCUCAUGCCAUUUUUACCAUUACAAUGGAGCAAAUGCAAAAGAUGAAUCCAACAGUUUCCAUUGAUUCAAAUGAUAGUGACUGCAUGACCGAAGAAUAUCUAUGUGCAAAGUUGCAUUUGGUGGAUCUUGCUGGAUCGGAACGUGCAAAGAGAACAGGCUCAGAUGGUCUCCGUUUUAAAGAAGGAGUUCACAUUAACAAGGGACUUCUUGCACUUGGAAAUGUUAUCAGUGCACUUGGGGAUGAGAAGAAGAGGAAAGAUGGUGCUCAUGUUCCAUAUCGUGAUAGUAAACUCACUAGGUUAUUGCAGGAUUCACUUGGUGGUAACAGUAAAACUGUCAUGAUAGCAUGCAUUAGCCCAGCUGAUAUAAAUGCUGAAGAAACUCUUAACACUUUGAAGUACGCAAACCGAGCUCGGAAUAUCCGGAACAAGCCAGUUAUUAACCGGGAUCCAGUAUCCAAUGAGAUGUUGAAAAUGCGCCAACAGCUAGAGUAUUUACAGGCAGAACUUUGUGCCCGAGGAGGAGCUGCUUCAUCUGGCGAAAUACAGGCACUCAAGGAUAGGAUACUUUGGCUUGAAACAGCUAACGAAGAUCUAAGUAGGGAACUACAUGAGUACCGCAGCAAAUGUGCUGCCACUCAACCGUCUGACAUAGAUACUAAUGCCUGUGGUACCUUUACUGUAAAAAGUGAAGGGCUUAAGAGGGGUUUGCAAAGUAUGGAGUCAUCAGAUUAUCCAAUGAGUGAGAAUGCAGGUGAUCAUGGAGUUGUGGAUGACGAAGCAGAAAAAGAAUGGGAACACUCUCUUCUGCAAGACUCUAUGGGAAAAGAAUUGAAUGAGUUAAAUAAACGUCUGGAACAAAAAGAGUCUGAGAUGAAACUGUAUGGAGGGGUUGACCCUACGGCUCUUAAACAACAUUUUGGGAAGAAGAUUCUAGAACUUGAAGAAGAGAAAAGAGACGUACAGAGAGAUAGAGAUCGCUUGUUAGCUGAAGUUGAGAACCUUGCAGCUAAUUCUGAUGGACAAACACAUAAGUUGCAAGAUAUCCAUGCCCAAAAACUUAAAGCACUUGAAGUUCAGAUACUAGACCUUAAGAAGAAACAAGAGAGCCAGGUUCAGCUUCUAAAGCAAAAACAAAAGAGUGAUGAAGCUGCUAAAAGACUAGUUGACGAAAUACAAUCAAUCAAAGCACAGAAGGUCCAAUUGCAACACAAAAUUAAACAAGAAGCUGAACAAUUUCGACAAUGGAAGGCGUCUCGGGAAAAGGAGUUAUUGCAGCUAAAGAAAGAGGGAAGAAGGAAUGAAUAUGAGAGGCAUAAACUUCAAGCUAUGAAUCAACGCCAGAAAAUGGUUCUUCAAAGAAAGACAGAGGAGGCUGCAAUGGCUACUAAGAGGCUUAAAGAAUUGCUUGAAGCACGGAAAUCCUCAGCUCGGGAAAAUUCAGUGAAUAGCAAUGGACAUGUAUCAAAUGGACAGAGCAAUGAGAAGUCCUUGCAACGUUGGCUUGAAAAUGAGCUUGAACUAAUGGUCAAUGUUCACGAAGUUCGUUAUGAGUAUGAGAAGCAGAGUCAAGUUAGAGCUGCAUUGGCAGAAGAGCUAUCUGUUCUUAGACAAGUUGAUGAAUUUGCCUCAAAAGGGGUUACCCCUCCAAAGGGAAAAAAUGGUGUUUCUAGAGCUUAUUCAAUGUCUCCAAGUGCUAGAAGGGCAAGGAUUGGUUCUCUUGAAAACAUGCUAAGCAUCUCAUCAAACUCACUAGUCGCCAUGGCCUCGCAGCUUUCGGAAGCCGAGGAGCGGGAACGUGGCUGUAGCAACCGCGGCCGUUGGAACCAACUGCGUUCAAUGGCUGAUGCUAAACAAUUGCUACAGUAUAUGUUCAAUUCUCUAGGAGAUGCAAGGUGCCAACUGUGGGAGCAGGGACUUGAAACUAAAAUGAUGAAAGAGCAAAUGAACGAACUAAUUGGGGUCUUACAAGAGAGUGAGGUUAGAAGAAUGGGGGUUGAAAAAGAGCUCAAGCUGAGAGAUCAAACUCUUGCAGUUGCACUGGCAACUUCAGCUUCGCAGGGUAACUCAAACAAACACUUCACUGAUGAAAUGAGCGGUCCAUUGUCUCCAGUACCAGUGCCAGCUCAGAAACAGCUGAAAUACACACCUGGGAUUGCAAAUGCUUCUAUCCGAGAUUCAGCAGCCUUUGUAGAUCAAGCCCGAAAGAUGGUGCCGGCCGGACAGUUAUCAAUGAAGAAAUUAGCAAUGGUAGGGCACGGUGGAAAGCUAUGGAGGUGGAAGAGAAGUCAUCACCAAUGGCUCUUGCAGUUCAAAUGGAAAUGGCAAAAGCCUUGGAGACUUUCUGAGUUGAUCAGACACAGUGAUGAAACCAUCAUGAGGACAAAGCCUUAUGGACAUUCUCUUCCGAAUAAUAUCUCAUCUAGAAAUGGCCAUUAGCAUCGUAAUGAGCAAGAAAUUACAUUCCUGUUUGACCUUUUCUUCAGUCUACUAUUAAAUGGCAAAGGAAAGGAUUAAGUUCUUGGAUUUAAGAGAAGGUUGCAUUUAUGGGGAAGGAGUUUGGAGGGAGGAGUUUGUAUAAGGUUUUUAACAGAAGAAAAUGUACUGUUAGGUGAAAAGAAUUUUGGUUUUAGAUCAUCAGAAUUGUCUUGUGAAUAUGUUGGGUUGCUACUUGCUACAUAUAGUCUCACCAUAAUAGUGAAAGAACUUAAGAAGAUCCCCUCAGGUCAGAGGAUUGCAUUUUGCUGGUCUAUUUUCAGACAAUAAGAAGGAGAAAUGCCAGAUGUGUGUAUAGAUUUUAGCAAAUAACAGGAGUAAUAAGUGUAUUCUUAAGUAAGUGCAGUCAUGCCUAGGAAGGUAUUUUUUAUUCUUUUAAAUUUGUUGUUUGUAUCAAAUUUGUUUAGAGUGUAACUGUGUAAGCACAAAAAGGGCAGUAGUAGAAAUAAGCUUUGAGUUCUGAAGUGUUUUUGUGAUCUCUACUCUCGUUUUAGCGGUCAAUCUAUUUAUAACUCAACAGUCAAAGUGUUUAGUAAAAACUUCAGGCAUAUUCUGCAGUAAAAAAAGCAAGUAGGCAACUAGGCAAUUAUUGAUGUCUCAUGUCUUCCAAAAAAUAUUACGCCAUCACAAUGUAUUUUAUAGGCCUGAUCUUCACACUUGACUACUUGAGUAUGAGUUAAACUUUACAGGCC